UCCGUGCGUGCCGUCUUCUUCUAUUGCGGCCGCACGGACUGUGUAUUUGUAUAUCGGCGAUCAGGUGACCCGGCACUACAUGCCCCAAGGUGCAUUGCGGGUCACGUGACUCGCACGAAACCGAAAGUUUUAAUUUCAUCUUAUUCUUAUACUAUAUAAUGCUUGUUUUUUAUAUAUUUAUAUAUACAUAUCAUCCUAUGUUUAUGGAUAUCUAUAAUUUAUAUUAUUUUUCAUCUUUUGCAUGUAUAUUCUUUAUUUACAUUUUGUAUCAUUUUAAUUGGUUGAUCAAUUUUUUGGCGCCAAUUUUAAAUGUUUGUAUUAGCUAUAUAUACUCCUAAUGUGCCAGGUAUCUCUACUAUUCCAAUUUGAUAAAGCCUCCACGGCGAAACGCGUUAUUGGUUUUAAUAUAUUGUACUAAUAAAUAAUUUUAUAAUUAUUAUUACUUUUAACCUCAUUUAUUGUUCCUGGCAUAUCCUAAGGUGGGGAUUAUACCACCCACGCGAAUAUCAGAGUGCAGAUUGACCUGCACUCUACUUGUGAGUAUAUUUUAUUUACUUUUUAUCCUUUUUACGAACCAUCUUAUCAGAGAGCACUAUUGGCCGUUUUUAUUUUCUUUCCCUGAGAAUUUGGACACCAGGACGCUCCAGGAGGAAAAGCACCCCUACAAGCGGAGGGUUAUCCGCCGUAUGCCCAUCAUACCUGAGCUGGUCCUAGCUCAUGGCAAUGUGAGUGUGUAAUUUAUAUUUUAUUCAAAUAUUACUUAUUUAUACACUCUGCACAAUUGGCUCUCUCCCAUUGUGUCUUUCAUAUCGUGAGACGGACGACCACUGCUAAGGAAGACACCAUACCAAUUGAAACACCACCUACCAUUGGGACUCUCUUAUUAGAACAUUUUAUUAUUUGGACUUAUUUUUAUUUUCUUGGCGCAGCCUUAUUCUCUGUUUUUGUAUAUAUUCCCACUGUAGAGGGUUAGAGGGUGACCCUCUAUAAGGCCGCUGACUUUAUUUUUGUAUAUAGUUAUUAUUAGCGCUAACCUUUCUUUCCUCUCUUCUUGUACCUUAUCCAUAUCCCUCUGGUUUUAGCUGCUUUUAAUAUGUCUAUUUUUGAAUACAGAAGUAAUUACUCUAUUGAUAUAGAUAAUGUUUUUUCACACCAACCUACUAGUCCUAUAUAUGUAAGGCCUCCUACAUUCACCCAGCAAGAAUUGUUCAUCAAAUUAGAAAAGGCCCUAACAACAGAAAUUAAAUUAAAAUGGGAAAUUGCUACAUUUAAAAAAUAUAUAGAUGAACGUAUAACACCUCGUGGCCUGAGACUUAUGAAAUUACCCACUUCACACCAAGAUGACAUUGAAUUUAUGAACGAAUGGAAUAACAAAUUAGAAACUUGUACAUUUGGCCUUAUGGAUACACUAAUUAAGAAAAAAAGUAAAAAAUUAUCUAAUUUGGAUAGAGAAAUUAAUGACCUUAGAGAGAAACUUAUGCCUUUUACAGAAAGUAAUGUGUACCAACAAAAUUCAGUUCUAAUCCAAAGUAAAAUCGAAAAAAUAGAAACAGACACUAAGCACAUUAAAGUUAAAAAGUACAUCAGAGAUAAGCAAGACUAUGCAAACCGACAGGUUAGAACAUAUCAUCUAAACAAAAGAUAUAUGGUUGAUAACCCACAUACCAAUACAAGAACAGAGUCUCACCAAUACCAACCAGCUACUACACACAAUACACGGUACGCAUCUUCAUACAUUAAUAAAAAUCACUCCUCUAUUCCUCCCAAACCCUUUCACCACUCUCCAUACCGACCUAAACCUCACUAUAGAAAACAGAAUUCCCACUAUGCUCCUUUGCCUUAUCACCGUCCAUCAUCAUACACAUCACGUAAGAUUCCAUACAAAACAUCAAAUUAUCCGGAUUCCUCUAAUCGUUAUUACAAUUCUCACAUCCCUGACAAUCAAUCACAUUCACCUAAAUAUCAGCGAUCCAACACUUUUUACAAAAACCACUCUGAUACCCCUAUUACACACACCAACAGAUAUCAACUAUUGUCCAUCGACUCCGAAAUAGAUAAUGAUGAUCAUUUUUUAGAGAUUCAAACACAUCCCAACACUUUUAUCAACACACCUUAUCCCACAAGAGCGGCAAAAAAAAGAACUUUAAGCCAAGAGGAAAACGGAGUGGUAGAAGAGAACAAAAAAGAGAGACUAGAAAGAUAAAAAAUACCCUUAAAGAAUCAGAUGUUGGCAUUUUUAACUUAUCCAAUAAAGUUUUAAGUGCAGCACAGAUUUCUGUUUUAAGUAAAGGAUUAAAGUAUGCACCAACGAACUCAUUUAAACCAUUUGAAGCUUUUUUAGAUGUAAAUAAGUUUGUACGCAAGGCUACACUAAAAAGAUUUUUUACAGCACAAACCUCAGAAAUUAAUCCUUCCUCUUCUUGUUCCCCUAUAUCUACUGAUCAGUCUGUUUUUAUCAAUACAAAUCUCAGACCAAAAUCUACAUUUUACCCAUAUCAUUUUAAAUCAGCCCCUUUGGUUAUGUUUGAGAAAUCUGUUUUGAAAGAUUUUAAUAAAAUCAAAUUUAAUAAAUAUGAUCCCCAAAAUUUGAAUAUAUGGGAAAAAAAAGCCAUUAAACAACUCCAAGAGGAUAAAGAAAUAGUGAUUAAACCGGCCGAUAAGGGUGGAGGUCUUGUCAUACAGUCUACUGACAUGUAUAUUAAAGAAGCCUACAAUCAAUUAAAUGAUAUUAAUGUAUAUGAGAAACUAAACAAAGAUCCCACCUCUAAUAUACAGCAGAAACUUGUCACUUUUUUACAGAAAGGUUUAAAUGAUAAUAUUUUGAACAAAAAAGAAUUCGAUUAUUUAUUUAUUAAGAACCCUAAAAUUCCGGUGAUUUAUUUUCUGCCCAAAAUACAUAAAGAUGCUAAACACCCUCCAGGGAGACCGAUAGUAUCAGGGAUAAACUCUCCUUUGUGUAAUUUAUCUCAGUAUAUAGAUAUCUUACUUCAACCAUCAGUUAAACGAAUGAGGUCCUACUUAAAGGACUCUAUGUCAUUACUGAAUUUUUUUAAAGGAUUUGUAUGGAAGUCAGAAUUUAUACUUGUUUCCUGUGACGUUACGUCCCUGUAUACUAUUAUUCCACAUCAACUUGGAUACAAUGCAGUUAAAACUAUUUUAUUAAAUGAAAAUAUAAUUCCAGCUGCCCAGAUAGAUUUUAUUGUUGAUGGUAUUAAUAUUAUUUUAAAUAACAAUUAUUUUUGGUUUUAUGAUUCUUUUUACCUCCAAAAAAGAGGGACAGCUAUGGGGACUAGGUUUGCUCCCAGCUAUGCCAACCUUUUUAUGGCGGAUUGGGAAACAUCCGCUAUUUGGGGACGGCAUGCCUGGGAGCACAACUUAGUCUCCUAUUUUAGGUAUAUUGAUGAUCUGUUUUUUAUAUGGAAGGGUUCAGAAGAUUGUUUGAAUUCUUUUAUAUCACACCUUAAUUCUAAUAACAAAGGUAUUAUUCUGACUUGUGAAUAUAGUACUAAUUCAAUUAACUUUUUAGAUUUAAACAUUUUUAUUCAAGAUGGCAAAAUACAUACAAAAACUUUUUUUAAGAAAGUAUGUACCAAUACUGCAAUUGAUCAGACAAGUUGCCAUUACAAACCAUGGCUUGAAAGCGCUCCGAAAAGCCAAUUUUUAAGAAUACGUCGUAAUUGUUCCCAAAUAAAUGAUUUUAAUGAACAAUCUUUGGUUUUAAAAAAACAAUUUAUUGAAAAAAAUUACUCUUGCACUUUUCUUGAUAGCACUAUAGACACAGUCAGAAACAAACCUAGAGAAAGUCUUUUAACGUAUAAAGAUAAAAAUACCUCAGAAACCCCCACCCUUCCCAUUAUUUUUAAUUAUAAUAAUAAAAGUGGUUUUAUUAAAAAAACUAUUAAAAAACAUUGGCAUCUUUUAAGACAGGAUGAUCUACUCAAAGAAAUUUUACCUGCACAGCCAAAAAUUGUUUUUAGAGGGGCACCUAAUUUUAGAUCAAUUUUAACUAAUAACUAUACCAAAGUGACCAAAAAUAUUCAAAAUACGUUUUUAGAUGGGGCAAAAGGUUUUUAUAAAUGUAAACGUUGCACUGUAUGUAAAAACACAGAUCAGACAACCAAAUCUAAAAUCACUAACUUUAAAUCCAACCAAACAAAUAAAAGUUAUAAGAUAAGAGAUUUUAUUGGUUGUAACACUACCAACGUCAUCUACCUAUUGGAGUGCCCUUGCGGCCUCCAAUACGUAGGUAUGACCACCAGGUGUCUUAAGACACGACUGGCAGAACACUGUAGGAACAUAAGAAAUGGAUUCCUAAACCACUCAGUAUCUAAACAUUUUAUUAAUCAUAAUCAAGAUCCUAAAUUUCUUAAAGUCCUAGGUAUUCAGAAGUGCCAAAUACCCUGGAGAGGUGCCAACAUUAAAAACAUCCUUGGUAGAUCAGAGAUGGAAUGGAUAUAUAAUUUACAAACUCUUACUCCCCAAGGUCUUAAUGUGGAUUUUGAUUUAUUCAAUUUUUUAUAAUCUUUUACCUUUUAAUUAUUAUUUUCCAUUUUAUCUUUUGGUUUAAUAUAUAUUUUUAUUUUAUUUUAUUUUUACUUUUACUUACAUUGCUAUUAUUGAUUUAUUAUUUUAUGCCCCUCCUAAUUGAUUUGUAUCCACUUUUUAUAUGUUUAUUUUAUACAUAUUUUAUAUAUUUUAAUAUGCUUGUUCUAAUUACAUACUGAUUUGUUUUAUAUCUUAUUACCUCCUAUUAUAUGUUAUCUUUUAUUUAUAUGCCUGUUCCAAUUACACCUUAUCACUUUCUACUAUAUGUUAUCCUCGAAUUUUAUUCAAUUUGUUGUUCAAAACUACACUCCCCAGUGUUCCUCGCGGUUAUGGUCAUGUGGCCCGCGGGUAUUAUUGAUUCAUGACGCCGCGGGUCACGUGACAAGGUCCGAACCCGCCCUCCUCUUCCCCAGUCCGUGCGUGCCGUCUUCUUCUAUUGCGGCCGCACGGACUGUGUAUUUGUAUAUCGGCGAUCAGGUGACCCGGCACUACAUGCCCCAAGGUGCAUUGCGGGUCACGUGACUCGCACGAAACCGAAAGUUUUAAUUUCAUCUUAUUCUUAUACUAUAUAAUGCUUGUUUUUUAUAUAUUUAUAUAUACAUAUCAUCCUAUGUUUAUGGAUAUCUAUAAUUUAUAUUAUUUUUCAUCUUUUGCAUGUAUAUUCUUUAUUUACAUUUUGUAUCAUUUUAAUUGGUUGAUCAAUUUUUUGGCGCCAAUUUUAAAUGUUUGUAUUAGCUAUAUAUACUCCUAAUGUGCCAGGUAUCUCUACUAUUCCAAUUUGAUAAAGCCUCCACGGCGAAACGCGUUAUUGGUUUUAAUAUAUUGUACUAAUAAAUAAUUUUAUAAUUAUUAUUACUUUUAACCUCAUUUAUUGUUCCUGGCAUAUCCUAAGGUGGGGAUUAUACCACCCACGCGAAUAUCAGAGUGCAGAUUGACCUGCACUCUACUUGUGAGUAUAUUUUAUUUACUUUUUAUCCUUUUUACGAACCAUCUUAUCAGAGAGCACUAUUGGCUGUUUUUAUUUUCUUUCCCUGAGAAUUUGGACACCAGGACGCUCCAGGAGGAAAAGCACCCCUACAAGCGGAGGGUUAUCCGCCGUAUGCCCAUCAUACCUGAGCUGGUCCUAGCUCAUGGCAAUGUAAGUGUGUAAUUUAUAUUUUAUUCAAAUAUUACUUAUUUAUACACUCUGCACAAUUGGCUCUCUCCCAUUGUGUCUUUCAUAUCGUGAGACGGACGACCACUGCUAAGGAAGACACCAUACCAAUUGAAACACCACCUACCAUUGGGACUCUCUUAUUAGAACAUUUUAUUAUUUGGACUUAUUUUUAUUUUUUUGGUGCAGCCUUAUUCUCUGUUUUUGUAUAUAUUCCCACUGUAGAGGGUUAGAGGGUGACCCUCUAUAAGGCCGCUGCCUUUAUUUUUGUAUAUAGUUAUUAUUAGCGCUAACCUUUCUUUCCUCUCUUCUUGCUGUUAGUGUGCUGUUUGUGUGUGUGUGCUGUGUGUGUGUGAGGGUGCUCUUAGUGUGCUGUAUGUGAGGGUGCUGUGUGUUUGUAAGGGUGCUGUUAGUGUACUGUGUGUGUGAGGGUGCUGUGUGUGUGUGGGUGCUGUGUGUUUGAGGGUGCUGUAUAUGUGUGGGUGUUGUGUGUGUCUGAGUGCUAUUUGUGUGCUGUAUGUGUGUCGGUGCUGUGUGUGUGUGUCUGGGUGCUGUUUGUGUGCUGUAUGUGUGUGGGUUCUGUGUGUGUGUGUGUAUGUGUGCUGUAUGUGUGAGGGUGCUGUAUGUGUGUGAGUGUGCUGUGUGUGUGUGUUUGUGAGGGUGCUGUUAGUGUGCUGUGUGUGUGUGGGUGCUGUAUGUGUGUGGGUGCUGUGUGUGUGUGUGUGUGCUGUAUGUCUGGGUGAUUGUGGGGGUGGAGGCAAAUUAGUUAAUAGCCCCCUUCCCUUCUUACCUUAUGUAGGGAGGGGGGACCAUGCUGCUGCCAUCCCUGGUGGUCCAGUGAAGAAAAGGGCUAGAGUUCACUCUCACGAGAGGAACCCGGCGGAGCUGCUGGCUAGAGCUCCCACGGGUCCUCUCCUGCUUCCCUCCAUGCUGCUCUGGGCUGGUGAGGGAGAUCUUUGAUCUCCCCACCGGCCCAUGGAGGCUGAGAGCAGAGCCAGCGCUCGGAUAGUGCCGGCUCUGCAUGAGCCGACAGGGGAGAUUCUGAGAUCUCCCCUGCUGGUCUCAAUCCAUUUGUGUGCUGCUGGGAUUAGGGUGUGCCCAGGCACAGCCGGCACACCCUGUGCACACGCCUAUGAUAAAAUUAAAAAAAAUGUGAGAAAAUAAGAUUUUUUUUUAAAUUUGUAUUUACGUCUGACAUUUUAGCUGUGAAUGUCAUAAUACUGCAAAAAAAUGCACAUAUUUGUAAUCAGCGAUAUCUCACGAGUACAACAGGGCCCCCCAUUAACAGGUUUUAUGGUGUUUUAGAAAGUUACAGGGUCAAAUAUAGAACGUUCCAUUUUCACAUUGAAAUUUGCCAGAUUAGUAAUUUUACCUUUGAGACGGUGUGGUAGCCCAGGAAUGAGAAUUACCCCCAUAAUGGCAUACCAUUUGAAAAAGGAGAUAACCCAAGGUAUUGAAAGUGGGGUAUGUUUAGCCUUUUUUAGUAGCCACUUAGUCACAAACACUGGCCAAAGUUAGCGUUCAUAUUUGUUUUUCUGUGAAUAAAGCAAAAAACUAAUAUUUGGCCAGUGUUUGUGACUAAGUGGCUACUCAGAAAGACUGGACAUACCCCACUUGCAAUACCUUGGGUUGUCUACUUUUGCAAAUGGUAUGCCAUCAUGGGGGUAAUUCUCAUUCCUAGAAACAUAGAAACAUAGAAUGUGACGGCAGAUAAGAACCAUUCGGCCCAUCUAGUCUGCCCAAUUUUCUAAAUACUUUCAUUAGUCCCUAGCCUUAUCUUAUAGUUAGGAUAGCCUUAUGCCUAUCCCACGCAUGCUUAAACUCCUUUACUGUGUUAACCUCUACCACUUCAGCUGGAAGGCUAUUCCAUGCAUCCACUACCCUCUCAGUAAAGUAAUACUUCCUGAUAUUAUUUUUAAACCUUUGUCCCUCUAAUUUAAGACUAUGUCCUCUUGUUGUGGUAGUUUUUCUUCUUUUAAAUAUAGUCUCCUCCUUUACUGUGUUGAUUCCCUUUAUAUAUUUAAAUGUUUCUAUCAUAUCCCCCUGUCUCGUCUUUCCUCCAAGCUAUACAUGUUAAGAUCCUUUAACCUUUCCUGGUAAGUUUUAUCCCGCAAUCCAUGAACCAGUUUAGUGGCCCUUCUCUGAACCCUCUCUAAGGUAUCAAUAUCCUUCUGAAGAGACGGUCUCCAGUACUGUGUACAAUACUCCAAGUGAGGUCUCACCAGUGUUCUGUACAAUGGCAUGAACACUUCCCUCUUUCUACUGCUAAUACCUCUCCCUAUACAAUCAAGCAUUCUGCUAUCAUUUCCUGCUGCUCUAUUACAUUGUCUGCCUACCUUUAAGUCAUCAGAAAUAAUCACCCCUAAAUCCCUUUCCUCAUAUGUUGAGGUUAGGACUCUAUCAAAUAUUCUGUACUCUGCCCUUGGGUUUUUACGUCCAAGAUGCAUUAUCUUGCACUUAUCCACAUUAAAUGUCAGUUGCCACAAUUCUGACCAUUUUUCUAGUUUACCUAAAUCAUUUGUCAUUUGGUUUAUCCCUCCUGGAACAUCAACCCUGUUACAUAUCUUAGUAUCAUCAACAAAAAGACAUACCUUACCAUCAAGACCUUCUGCAAUAUCACUAAUACAAAUAUUAAAGAGAAUGGGUCCAAGUACAGAUCCCUGAUAACCAAUCUGGCAAAUUUCAAUGUCAAAAAAUGAAAUGCAAGCCUUAUAUGUGACUCUCUAACUUUCCAAAACACCAUAAAACCUGUACACGGGGGGUACUGUUAUUCUCGGGAGACUUCACUAAACACAAAUAUUAGUGUUUUAAAACAGUAAAACAUAUUACAACAAUAAUAUAGUCCAUAAAAGUGCUGUUUGUUUGUAAAAAAUGAAAAAAACUUCACUUUUACUUAAAAUAUCAUCAUUGUAAUACAAUUUACCAGUUUGAAACACUAAUAUUUGAGUUCAGCGAAGUCUCCCGAGUAAAACAGUACCGCCUAUGUACAAGUUUUAUGGUUUGGAGAGUUACAGGGUCAAAUAUAGUGCUUGCGAAUUAAAUUCUCUGCACUUUCUCCCUGUGUUGUCAGGCAUGCCAAUCAAAUUUUAUUUAAUCAAAUCACAUAAUUAUGUUAAACGAUUACUUAAAUAUACACGUAGAAUUUUAAUAUAUAUGCAUUUAUAGGUAUUUAAAUUCUACGUGUAUACUAAUGUAAUCUUUUAUGUAAUUAUUUGUAUUUAUCAUUGCGGUUAUUUGUAUUUUAUAUAUAGAUAUAUAUAUAUAGAAUGUCAUUCUAAGUGUAUUUUGUUACCAAUAUAUAUAUAUUAAUAACAAAAUACAGUUAGAAUGAAAUGGCUUUAAAGCCCUUUUAAUGCGGGACGGCAUAGAACGCCGUAACGGUGUUAAGGGGUUAAAAAGCUAUUUAUUAAUGAAGUCCAUUGUAUAGGUAGAUAUUGCACUUCUAGUACCUUAGACGAAUUGUCCUAAAGCAUGUUGAUUACAAUUAUUAUUAUUGCUAUUUAAAUAGUGCCAACAUAUUCCGUAUCGCUUUAUAAUAUUAUAAUGGGGUAAAUUUAACAAUAAAUGAGACAAUUGCAAAAUGUUACAGGAACAACAGGUCAAUGAGGACCCUGCUGAAAUGAGCUAGCAGUCUAGAGGAGGUGAUGAUUUUUAUAUAUGAAAUAUAUGUUCUAUUGUGUAUUUAUGAUAUAGCUAUGUAGUCAUGCAGUCUAAGUUUCAAAUAAAAUAAUCUUUAGCUUUCUCCCUGAAAAGAAAUUGAUAAUAAAAAGCUUAAUAUUUGUAUUGUGCAAAAAGUGAUCAAACAUAUGGAGGUGCAAAAGGUAAGUCCUAUAAUGUAAUAAUGUAAUAAUAUUGAAUAAAAGCCUAUUGCAAACUUCCAUUUUUGUAAUAAAAAUGUUUUCAUAUCUCAAGGUGUGUGUAUAUAAUCUUCGUUAAUGAAUUAACUACAAAUGACAAACCAUUUCCAUUUUGUUUACUUCAAAUAUUGAAACCCAACCGAGAAAAAAGAUAACAGUGUUCUUAUGUACCUAUGCCCCAUUUUUUGAUUGUGGGACGUAUUUGUAGAUUGUAUCAUAUGUAAAAGGUAAGCAGAAACUGACUGAUUCAAUUAACUGAUAAAAUCUAUUACCACAAUGCCCAACAAAUCAGUAAAGAACAUGAACAUAUAAUCAUGUCUCAACCAACUAUUGUACAAUUUCAAUUUGUCAUUCUGUAUUAAGUAUACGGUGAGUACCAUAUUUGAAGAUUCAGUGAUGAUAACGUAAUUAAAUCAAUUUCAAUUAUUCUUUAAUGUCAGGAAGACAAACCUAUGUUUAAAUACUUUCUUUAUUUAUUAAUUUACUCCUUUAUACGCAACUGACUUCAUUAUAAACAUGUUAGAAAUGUAUUUUAAAAGGAAAUGCUGUAUACAUUUUUUUAAAUCUGACUAUGUGGUUAUCUGUCUGUGUAUGUGCCUAUCUGUCUCUUUCUUGAGAGCAAUACUCAGGAGGACUUAUAUAUAAAUGCUAUAUAGAGCAGUUCAGAAUGUUUGUAAAUAAUAGGCACCAAGAUACUUCCGGGUGGAAGAACGAGAGCGGCUGAACUGUACUUUGAAAACAUUGAGUCCUGAAGCUGCACCAUCCCACAGACCAAGCCAACCAGGAUCCAAUGAGGUUGCCUCUCCAGUCAAUGAUGGCUGCACCAUCUGACCUUGCAGUACCUUGCACCAUCUCUAUUCUGAGAGAGAUUCCCCUUGUGUCCCGAUAUUUCCACUAGUGAUGACCACCAAAUGCCUCCACAGCAUGUAAUUACCUCCAGAAUCAAACAAUCAAGCAGCUGUCCAUCAGCACGAAGGACAGAUCCAGGAAAACACAAAAACAAAAAUGCAACCACCACCCAGUGCGAUCAGUGCCUCCACGAAACCGACUGUCUCCGUGCCCGAAACAAAACCACAAAUGGGCCAAAGUACACUCACACACAGCACCGCACCAAACAAAAUUCGGUGCAAACUGCCCAAAAAGAGAAUGCUGUCUAUCACUCUAACUUCACCUGAGGUAGAUCGAUCAUCAGCUGGGCAUAAAACACUGCCUCUCCCUGCCCAAAAAGAGAACACACAUGGUACACAUCUGUGGGCUGAGAGAUAUACACUGUCACGAUUCGCACUGUGCCAUCCAGACAGCCAGGUGUGGUUGACCCACAGGUGCCAGACAGGGGAUUUGAACCUGGACUCUUCUGUAUCCUAAGACAUCUUCCCUGCAUCUGAGCAACUUCAGAACUUCUGGUUUUAGCCCUGUUUACCUGGUAUUGUCGGCAUCGCUGGAGGCUUGGCUUCACCUGUGGUUGCUGUCUAUCACUCUAACUUCACCUGAGGCAGAUCGAUCAUUAGCUGGGCAUAAAACACUGCCCCUCCCAUAGAACAUUGUCAGUUUCUUGUUUCCUGUUCCUGUUGCUUAAAGACUGACUUGGCUUGUGACCCCUGUUUCUGGAUCUUCGUUAUUGCCUGUUCGCUGCCUGCCCUGACCUUUGGAACCAUGUCUGGCUACUCUUCUGGAUUUGCCCUUGUCUGUACUGCGAAUUGGAACACCUUUCAUGCACAGCCCCCAUGAACAGAUUCACAGUCCUGGUGGUUUCUAACCUUAUCACUGUGUAUAUCAGCAAGAGUGAGCACAAAUCUCUGCCUACCAGACUCCCAACUAAG